GAAGCUUUGAAGUCAAAGUAAAUGAUCAGCUAAUCUUUUCCAAACUAGAAUGUGGUGGUUUUCCAUAUGCCGAAGAUGUAAGUGUUAAAGUGAAAGGAAUAUCAAACAGCCAUAUGAAUAGGAGGGUGUUGGAGAAUAGUUUGAAUUGUAAUAUAGAACACAUUUCAUAUUCUAAAAAUAUAAUGGUAUAAGCAUUUCUACAGUAAAUAUGUUUGAAUAAUUAUAACUUUUGAUUCGUAUAUACUUUGAAUGUGAGAUGGCCUUGUUUUAAUCACAUUCACAGACUCACACUAUAUAUAUUUAAUGAAAAAUGAAUUUGGCGUGACAAGUUCACUUUAAACUUAGAACAAUGACAUUUAAUAAUUGCCUAAAUAGCAGCAACACCGAUAUAUUUUCUUUAUAGCUUGGUGAAUAAACCCCUUUCCCUGUUUAAAAAAACAAAAACAAAACAAAUCUUUAGGACAUUGGUAUUUACAUAUACACAAUAUGUCUUAAUGAAAGUGGUGUACUGUAUAGCAAAGUGUAUCCGAGUACACUAAAGGCUUAUUUACAACCCCGUCAGUAAAUAGCUGGUAACCUGCAGCAGGUACAAAUUGCACCAGGUUUACAAACUUGCUGCUACAUUUUUUUUUCUAUCCUAUUAUAAUGGCUGCACUAUAUUUAGGGUGAGGUAGAGGCAAAAAAUGCCUACAGAACUCAAAGUAUAAAAAAAGAAAAUUAGACCUGUGCUGCAGAAACUCCACACUGUUGUCCCAACAGUGUAUAUACAAUAGCCAAAAAACAAACAAGAGUCCUGCGCAUCCAGUAUUGGUGUGCACACCCAGGUGCUACCACAAUUUAUUUGAGGACAAAGUUUAAGCAGCAAACGUUUCGGGCAGCAGCCCUUUCUCAAUGCUAAUGUCCAUUAUCUAAUCUAAAGGAUAUUAGCAUUGAGAAAGGGCUGCUGCCCGAAACGUUUGCUGCUUAAACUUUGUCCUCAAUUAAAUUGUGGUAGCACCUGGGUGUGCACACCAAUACUGGAUGCGCAGGACUCUUGUUUGUUUUUUGGCUGUUAUAAUGGCUGCAGCAACAGAUGCCAACCACUUACGGUAUAUUGGCAGCCCAGAAACACACACCAGAUCAUGCACACUUCACCCUCGGCAGCCAAUAACAGGCUAGUAGCACCUGACUGAUAAAAAAUUAACCAAUUGACGUAUAGGGUUUUAGGUGUCAGUAACCUCUAAACCAGGCUGGCGACUGCUGUUAAGCGUUUUGGGUGGGGUAGCUGUAAACAGGGUUGGUAAGCAGUCACUAGGUACUGAUCAGUGGCUCCCAUAGAAAAUGAUAGAAGUCAUUGUUUAGCGACUGACUUUCAGUAUUUGGAGCAGAUAACUCACUUCCAGUACUGUUAAAAUUUUGCAGACUCGUGCCUUCCAACCAUAUUGUGUAUGUUUUUAAUUUUUUUUAAACACAUUUGCUGUCUUGUUGGGGUCUCAGUAAGGAUAAAAUAUUUCUAACGUUUGUAUGGUCUUAGAUCGUGGCAACACUGAAGAAAAUGAGGGAUGGAAAAGGAGCUGAAAAGGUUACCAGGAAUAAGAAGUCAUGCUCUAUCCAGUAA